CACUUCCGGCGGCGGCGGCGAUGGCGGCGGGCCGCGGCUGGCGGCGGCGGGCGCUGCGGCUGCUGACGGCGGGCGGCGGCGUCCUGCUCACCCGCUUCCCCUUCUGGCACUGCUUCAGCGGGCUGCUGCUCUGCGCCGAGCGCGCCGACCUGCGCCGGAAGCCGGACAUCCCGGUGCCCUACCUGUACGUGGACAUGGGUGCGGCCGUGCUCUGCGCCAGCUUCAUGUCCUUCGGCGUCAAGCGGCGCUGGUUCGCCCUGGGCGCCGCGCUGCAGCUCGCCAUGGCCACCUACGCCAGCCAUGUUGGUGGCCACGCGCACUACGGCGACUGGCUCAAGGUCCGGAUGUACUCGCGCACCGUGGCCGUCAUCGGCGGGUUCCUGAUCCUGGCCAGCGGUGCCGGUGAGCUGUACCGGCAGAGACCGCGCAGCCGCUCCCUGCAGGCCACCGGGCAGGUGCUGCUGGGCAUCUACCUCAUCUGCCAGGCCUACUCGCUGCAGCACAGCCCCGAGGACCGCCUGGCGUACCUGGAGCACCUGCUGGGGGGUGAGGUGGCCCUGCAGCUGCUGUUCCUGCUCUACGGGCUGCUGGCGCUGGCCUUCCUGUCGGGCUGCUACGUGCGGGUGGCAGCGCAGGUGCUGGCGGUGCUGCUGCCACCCGCCAUCCUGCUGGUGGACGGCAACUUGGCAUACUGGCACGCCCUGCGCCGCGUCGAGUUCUGGAACCAGAUGAAGCUCAUCGGCCAGAACGUCGGCAUCUUCGGGGCCGCGGUCAUCCUGGCCACCGACGGCUGAGGGCACAGGCGGGAGGGGUUUUGCUAUUUAUUCCUUCAGGUUUUUUUUCUUUCUUUGUAAAUAUUUGAUAAUUCUGGCGGAGGAUGGGUGGGGGGUGGCGGCCACUGUGUGGCCAGGGUCCCUCUCCCUGCUGAGGGGUGUCACUGCUCCCCCCCCACCACCCCAAAAAAAUGUAUUUUUACUGA